AUACAAUAAAGCGUCUGUGUGUAAGUUGGACGACCGGGUCUUCUGAUCCAGAUAACUGUUUGUUUAUUUAUUUAUUUAUCUGUUUAUUGUUGUUCUAAUGAAAAUGUGCAGCACUCGGAGCUUGUACACCUUCUCGGAUUUCACGGCAGGAGACAGAACGGAUGGGUGCCGGAGACUCCGACUGACUCUGCACGACCAAACCCAGCAGCAGCCCGCCGUAGGAAAGCCGAUCGGGAGAGCGUUUGCUUUGGUGCAGCCGACGAGCGAGAGGCAGCCGCUAAAGGACGAGCCCGCCAAAGUCGAAGAGAAGGUCGAAGUCAUAAAGGUGUAUCUGCAAGGACAGAAAAAGGAACAGGACCGGAAUCAGCAGAGUUUGAAAAUGCUCUCGGAUGAGGUUACACAAAUAAAAGAGGUGCGAUACUGUUUGAAGAGCCUGAGAGAGCAGAUGGCAGCAAAAAACAACCACAGAACGGAGCACAAGGUGCUGUUAACUCAAACUGGCAUGAACAGAGGACAGUUUGCUCUGACAACACUAUCAAAACAGGACAAUGAAGACAAACAGGAGCUUGUGGAUGAGCAGGAGCGAGACAGGAUGAGGGAAGCCAGCAAGCGACUGUACACCCAGCUUCAGGAGGCAGAGAAGAGACACCAAGACGAGAAGGAGAAAUUACAGGCCGAGGCAGGUCAAUACAUUAGGCAGCUCUCUGAGCAGAGCGAUCAGCUUAAGGAAGCUCAGCUUAACGCACAGCAGCAGGACCAGCGCAUCAGAGAGCUCCAGAGGCUGAUGGGCGGCAUGGAACACGAGAGUUCGUCUCUCAGGGAAGAGUUAAUGACCAGGGAGGCGGAGCUAUUGCGGUUACAUGAGCUGAAAGAGGAGGGGCAAGCUGACAGGCAGAGAUUGGAGGAUUUGGAGAAGGACAAUGCCAUCCUUAAAGAGAAGAUACACCACCUUGAUGAUAUGCUCAAGAGCCAGCAGAGGAAACUUAGACAGAUGAUUGAACAGCUGCAGAACUCGCGAAUGGUGAUUCAGGAGAGGGACCGUGUCAUCAAAGAACUAGAGGAGAAAGUUGCUUUCCUUGAAGCAGAGAAUACAGAGCUACGUGAUCAGAUGGACUAUUUCCUGAACGGACAAAGGUCAAACUCUGGCCUGUUGUUAGAUUCCAAUGCUCAAAUUGUCUACAGUAAGCCUCUGAAGCCGUCCACACAAAGCAGCAAGAACCUGCCGUUCAUUAAAGUCAUAGAGAUCAAGUCAUGAACACGGAUUUUAUUCCAAAGCACGUUAUCAUAAUGCAUAUCUGAACGCAUCAGGUCGACGGGUGUCUCCGUACACGCUCAAGCACAACAGACCGUACAGUAGUAACGCUACACAGCGUCUCCUGCUAAGAACCACAGCGGCUUUCUGCACUCGUCGUCUAUCGUCCUGACUACAGAUGUACACAACAUGCAUUGUAUCGCAAAUUAUUGUAUUUUAUGUAAUGAAUUUUCAGUUCGAUGUAAAUAGUCUAGAUGUAGGUUUAAACAUCACAGCGUAUCUGUGAGCAUGAAUAUAUCGACUUGAACUCAGCUGAAGUACGAGUUUAGAGGUGUUAAAGAUCCGUAGACGAGCUUUUUAACCAGAAAUGAAGACAAAGCAGAACUGAGUAAAGAGAGGGAGUGAAUGGUGUGGUGUGGAAUAUCUUUGAGUCUGGCUCUCUGAACACAAUCCCCACAGGAAACAUCAUGGACCUUUUUACUUUCUCUCACUCUUUCUGUUUAACCUGGAGUUGAAUUACAGAGUUCAGAUUACUAAACAGACAUGGCUUAUGUUCAUCAACCUAGAGUGAGCGAGCAGAUAGCUUUACCAGUUGCUUGGUCUCAAUGAAGGAAAUUUAGAGCAUCUGUACAGAUUUAAGUGCCCAGAUAAGGUGCCAACAAUUAUUCUACAAUCUUUUUUAAUUAUGUUACUCGAAAAGAUAUCCACAACGAGUUAACUGGUAUAAACCUGUUUCAAACCACACCAAUGGUUUUGUGCUGUUGAGAAACACUCGUAUUGAGUUUCAGCCUUUAGUUUCAGAUCUUUUCUAGACACUGAAUCUAAAUUACACCCUUAGUAUAGUUCAGGUCAAAAACUACUAGAAUGUUCACCUAAUUGUACUGUCCUAGAAUAUCUGACUGUUUCAAUCAAACAUACAUUUUUAGCUACUCCAAAAUGCCUUGAAGACAACUGAGAGACUCCGUUUGCUGUUAGGACAAUAAAAUAAACAUAUGAAGUAACAAUCCUCAUUACUUGGAGUUAAAGAAGAAUCAUGCUAAUUUCAUGUAUAUAAAAACACAUUUUUGGAAAAUGGAAAUUUUUUUUUACUUGAAAUUCUGAACUCCUGCUUCUUGUGUAUUUAUGUCCUUAACUGGCCUUCUACUUUGCACUUACCGUCUGCUUUUUAUUUAAUAGAAAACUAUUUUUUGUAGUGAAAUGAGCGGUUUUACAGUCGCUGUAUUAAUAACCAUGUAUAUUUAUGCAAAAUUCUGUUUUAAUAAAGUGAUCAAAAGUA